UGGAAAAAUAAACAGUAAAUAGUUAAAAAAGAAAACAGUUUUUAGCUAAUGAUCAUUAUUUUUCUGAGAUAAUUUAAGGAUUGACGAUUUUUUACUAUUGAUUACAUACAAAUUAAUUAUUGUCGGUGUGAAAAUGGUUGGAUAUAUAAUGCUCAUGAAAUUAAUACAUAGUAAAUUCAACCGACGUCGUCGAAGUAAUCAGCAAUCUACAAAAGUGAAAGAAGAAUUUAAUGAUAGUUUACAAUUUAGGGAAGAAAACUUCCAAGAACCCCAAACAUGCAGGAUAUGUUUGAAGGAUGGUGAUAUAUCUAUUUUUGGGGAUAGUGAUACUACAGAUGUUUCAGAAGACAUUCGCACAUUUGCUGACAUAGAUAUUAGCCAGAAUGAUCCAUAUCCAAAGUUUCUUUGUCAAUCAUGCCAUUCUCUUCUACAAGGAGCACUACUUUUCCGAAAAACAGCUCAAAUAUCAGAUGAAAAUUUACGCCGACCGGCUUCUAUUCACUCUAAUAACGACGAUAACACAGCAAUGGAUAAUUAUUACGAAUCUGAAUUAACAGAUGUUAAAGAAUCAAGCGAUUAUCACUGCAAAAGAUGUGAUUUAUCAUACAAUACAUUUGAAGAAUAUAGUGAGCACAGAUUGUCCGAGGAACACGAAAAUAUGCGUCAAGUGUGCCCCAUAUGUAACAAUAGUUACACAGCAAUAUACUUUAAAAAGCAUUUAGCAUUACACAAGUUGGAAACUUCAUACAUGUGUGAUGUAUGUGGAAAGAAAUUUGUUGUUAAGGGUCAGUUUACUAGGCAUAGAUUGACACAUUUCUAUGAUCUCCCGUUCAAAUGUUCAUUAUGCCCAUACAGAGGUAGGUUCAGGGAGUCUUUAAAGAUGCACAUGAGAUCUCACACUGGAGAGAGGCCGUACCAAUGCUCACAGUGUCCCUCUAGAUUUGGGAGUAAAAGCAAUCUGAAUAAACACAUGCUGAUUCAUAAAGGUGACCAUGAUUUCAAAUGUGAAUCAUGCGGUCGUGGAUUCUAUACUAAAAGGGACUUGGAAUUACAUUUCAAAGUAGAUCAUACAGGAAUUAAGGACCAUGUUUGCAAUAUUUGUGGUAAAGCAUUUGGCUAUCGUAAACAAAUGAUGAAACAUCAGCUCAAAGUUCACAAGAGACAAAAAUUGAAAACCGGGAGAAUCCCUUUAUAUUUGCAAGUGGAGUCUAAAAUACAGCAAGAAAAUGACUGAAUAAUAUGAAGCUUGUUUGUGUUAAAUAAACAAACAUUGUAUUGCUUUUGAUGUUAGGAACAAUGUUAUUAAUAUUGUUAUUAGCAACUGGGACAUUAUUAUGUAAUAUAUUAAUUAAUUAUGGGCAAUUUAUCUAUAAGAGAUAUAUACUGUGCAUACAAUAUGUAUACUGUAUAACCUGAUGUACAAUGAAAAAAAGGACUGAUUAUUUCUGAUGUUAUUAAAAUACUAUUAAAAUGUA